AUGGCUGCAGAUGAAUGUAAAAUUAAAGUUGUAUGUCGUGUUCGUCCGUUAAACGACAAAGAAGAACGUGCCAGAAGCAAAAGUGUUGUUAAGUUCCCAAGUGAUCAUGAUGACAAAGAUUAUGUAUUUGACAAAGUAUUUCGGCCUGACGCUACUCAAGAAAAAGUGUACAUUGAAGCUGCUAAAGAAAUUGUCGAAUAUGUAUUGAAGGGAUACAAUGGGACAAUAUUCGCUUAUGGUCAAACAUCCAGUGGGAAAACACAUACAAUGCAGGGCGUACUAAACAAAGAAAAUGAACAGGGUAUAAUUCCAAGAAUCGUUCAAGAUAUAUUUAAUCAUAUUUCUACGUUUUCCACGUCAAAUCUUCAAUUUGAAAUAACAGUAUUGUCAAAAACUAACCUUGCUGUUCGUGACGAUAAAAACAGAGUUCCAUCCGUCAAGGGAGUCACUGAGUGUGUUGUCUCAUCACCCAGAGAAGUCUUUAAAACAAUUGCAGAUGGAAAAAAGAAUCGUCAUACAGCCGUGACAAAUAUGAAUGAGCAUAGUUCUCGUUCACAUUCUGUCUUCUUAAUCAAUGUCAAACAAAAUAAUGUGGAAACAGAGGAAAAAUUAAAAGGACAACUUUAUUUAGUUGAUUUGGCUGGUAGUGAAAAUGUAGCAAAAACUGAUGCCGCAGGACAGAUGUUGAAUGAAGCCAUAAAUAAUAAUUUAUCCUUAUUCGCACUUGGAAACGUUAUAAAAGCAUUAGUCAGAAAAACAUUAACCGAUGGACCGAAACCUUACAUACCUUUUCGUGAUUCAAAAUUAACUCGAAUACUAAAAGAAUCGUUGGGCGGUAAUGCACGUACAAUAAUAAUUCUUUGUUGCUCGCCAGCUAGUAUCAGUGAAUCACAAACAAAAUCAACACUCAAAUUUGGACAGCGGGUUAAUAAAGAAUUGACAGCUGAAGAAUGGAAACGUCAUUAUGAAAAAGAAUGUGAGAAGGCAGCUCGUCUCGAAAAGCAACUUAGUCUAGCAGAAGCUGAAUCAGAACAAUGGGAUAAAGAACGAACAAAGUUGCAUCAACAAAUAGAUGAACAGGUGAAUAGACAAGAUAUUUGA